UCAAAGGUUGGCUCCAGACUCUGAAGGAGACAGUGGCUGUUGGACUAGAAGGUGAUACUGUGUCUCUUAAGAAAGGGAAUAAGUAGCACAAGAAUGGCUACGAAAUUUUACGACCUCACGGCCAAGCUGCUAACGGGGGAGACCUUCAAUUUCUCUUCCCUGCAGGGCAAAGUUGUCCUCAUUGAGAAUGUGGCGUCCCUCUGAGGAACGACCACCAGGGAUUACACCCAGAUGAACGAGCUCCACGAGCGGUACGCUAGCAAGGGGCUCGUUAUCCUGGGAGUGCCCUGCAACCAGUUCGGCCAUCAGGAGAACUGCAAGAAUGAGGAAAUCCUCUUGUCUCUGAAGUAUGUCCGUCCUGGAAAUGGCUUUGAACCAAAGUUUCAGCUCCUGGAGAAAGUGGAUGUGAACGGGAAGGAUGCUCAUCCCCUGUUCGUGUUCCUGAGGGAAAAGCUCCCGUUCCCCAGUGAUGAGCCAGCCACCCUGAUGACCGACCCAAAGUUAAUCAUCUGGAGCCCCGUCUGCAGGAACGAUGUGGCCUGGAACUUUGAGAAGUUCCUCAUCGGGCCUGAUGGAGUCCCAUUCAAACGCUACAGCAGGAAGUUCCUCACCAGCGACAUCGAGGGAGACAUCAAGAAGCUCCUCAACCAAGCAAAUUAAUGAACCGUCCUCCAAAGUGUUGUUCAACCAUUCUACGGCUUCCACUUGCACCAGCCUCUCAGCACUUAGCCAGCACGUGUGUCCCUAAAUAGAUCUCUGGAAACACCUUUGUGCUUGUGUUUUUUGUCCCUCCAUAGCCUCUGUAGAUGGUUUGACAUGUUUCCAAACCACCUGUGCUCUCUUGUACAUGAUGGCUGUGUUCUGUUCUUUUACUAUAUGAAGGCAUCCUCUGAAACCAGCGUAGAUGUGAGGAGGGUAUCUGAUGAAAUGUAAAAGGCUGAACGUCUCAGUUGCAUUGGGUCCAUGUAAAGCACUGCUGUGGUUUGAUGUAAGAGAAUCAAUAAAAUGUUUGGGGUUUUUUUCAAAUA